UCUAGCUAGAAGGCGUACCACGGUUGCAAUAUCCAUGCGCCCCGCGUUUACAGAAGAAUACGCACAGUAGAACCCACUGGAACAUGUGAAUAAUGUUCCUGAAGCUUUCUGAAAGUAGAAAUUGAGCGUUUAAAAAAAAAUUCUAUUUGGAUCAAUCGCGUUUUGGUUGCGCACCAUACGAGACACGUGCCUUCGAGGUAAACAGACAGCAGGACUGGGCAGCCAGAUAACGUUAGUAGUCUUGGUUAACGUUACAUUGUUUUUCUCCUGUGUUACAAGCGUGCAUAAGCGGUUAUAACGCCACCAUAGUGGACGUAGACGUCGAGCGGAGGUUCAUUUUGUUUUCGUUUGUGCACCUCGGUUGAUAACUGAGACGCAGUUGGACAUGUCGGAAGUACUACAAGACAAAAUGAGUCAUUAUGGAAAUGAGGAUGACGAGGGACACCUUUCCUUCACCUGUCGCCUCCAAGACACCAACAACUUCUUCAGCGGCUCGCAGGGGGGGAAACGCCCACCCAAACUUGGACAGAUAGGCAGAAGCAAACGAGUUGUCGAGGACGAGAACGGCGUUGACGAGGCGCUAAAAAACGGGACAGAGAAAACACAGACAGAGGCUUAAACACAUCACCCCCCGGACGGACAUUGAUUCUCAUUUUCUAUUUGAUAUUUGCAGUUUUGAUCCAAAGACACUGUAUAUAAGCACUUUUAACCCAUGUGGCAACAAACACUUCCAGUCCCAUCUCCUCUCUCUCCCAGUCCUCAUGAUGAUCUCCUGAGACUUAUACUGGCAGGAUGGGGAAGCAGCCGAGAUGGAGACAGAGACAGAGAUGAAGAC